GCUUUGGACUCCCGGUUGAACGCUUAGCGUGCCCAGACUUGCAGUAUGAAACGGGAAUUGGUUCGGUACGGUUCGCUAAAUGGUCGCCAAAGCUUUUGGCAAUUAUGUAAAGUGCUUGAGGCAAAGAAUUUGCAAGUGAAAAUGAAUAAAAUCGUGGUACCAUAAGCAUUACGAAACUCAACAAAACUUGAAACUAAAACACUCCAGAGAAAAGAAAAGAGAGGGAGAAAGAAAGAGAGAGAGAGAGAGAGAUAGUGUGUGAAAACUCUUGAAAAGUGCUAACAAUUAAAAACAAUUUUCGCAACAAUAGACAAAACUAAAACUUGAAUGUCACACAAAAUGUUGCAAGUGCCGGCAGCAACAUUGUUGGUGUUGUUGUUGCUCAUACAGCUGGUGGCAGGAGCAACAACAACCACUGGCGACAGUGCAACAGCAGCAACGACGGCAACAGCCACCAGCAUCAUGGAACGCCAAAUUGAUUCAAGUCUGAAGAAUGCCAAGCUGAUUGAGAGCAAACUGCUGCCCGAUUUGGUGGCAAUGCAACGCAAUCAGGAAGAUGACAAGUGGCAGCACAUUUACCGGUUUAUCGACGAUGGCUUUCCAGUUUUAGAGCUAUACGGCUAUAAGACCAAGCCUGAUCUACCGUACACUUUAAUUAUACCCAAAAUCGAUGUGCGCAGCAUUGAGAAGCCGCGAUUGAAAGAGUUCAUGUUGGAGCAUUUGGUGCCGGGUAAAAUCUUUGAUAGCUACAACACGGCAUCGAAUGGCAAGGAAGAGGAGGAGUCAAUUGGUAAUGGGAAUGGACAUAAAAUCGUUUUUCGUAAAUUGGAAAAGUCGCACAACAAUGUUUGGCUACUCAAUGGCCAGCAAAUACUCUACAAGCUGCGUAUCAAUGAACAUUUGAUGGCCAUUGGAAUUGAUGGUUAUUUGGGCGAUAGAAAAUCGCCCUAUUCCAAGCGCAACAUACAGGAAACGAACAAUCGCUACAAUGACCCACAGCCGUUGGAGCAGCCAAACAUUACGAAUGCACAUGCCAAAGUGGAGCCCAUUAUUAAGGAAUCAAAGGCCAGUCCAUUGAUGUCGUUUCUGGCCAACAUGAAGACUGGCACCAAAGUCUUUCAACAUUUUCUCUCCAAAAGCAAUCUGACACGCAUUAUGGAUGAUAAUGCCUAUACGGUCCUCAUUCCAUCGGACAAUGCCUUUCAACGUUGGCAUCCCAUCGAUUGGGGCUUCUAUCCGUUCAGUGUGCCCGAGUUCACCGAGAGUGUAUUGCGUAAUCACUUCCUGCCCAUGCAGCGCCCGUUGCGCAUCUCCGAUGUUAAGAAUAUGGAUCAAAUGGUCGUCCACACCAUGGGCGGUGAGGAUGUCAUCUUCCAUGGUCAACCCACGCCCACUGUGAACAAUGUGAGCAUCAUGUCGGAAUACACACUCUCCAAUGGCAAUCAGGUGUUCAUCAUCUCCGAGGUUCUAUUUGUCUCCGAGGCUGUGGUUUCCAAAUUGCAUCAGAUGCACAAGGAUAAGGAGACGCCUCCUUUGCUCGCAUUCCCGUGGUUUGGCGCACAAUUUCUAUCGCAUUCAUUUCUGGCCUUGGAGCGAGAUUCACGUUUUACGCAAAUUACAAGAUAUCUUAACAAUGCGGAAAUCGCACCUCAUAUUUCUGGCGCCAAUUACACUUUCUUUGUGCCUGAGGACAAGGCUUUCGAGAAGCUGGGCUUCGACAGGCUCUCUGAUGAUGUUAUGGCUUCGCAGCGCGGAAUUAAAAUGUUAUUGAAUCACUUUGUGCGUGGACGACUUUACAAUCGAGAUCUGCGGGAUAACGAAGUGUAUGAAACAAUUGGCGGUGGACAUGUGAAGAUCACCCGUAAUCCGGGAAGUAAUUACACGAGCGUGAACAAUGCACAGAUUACAGAGAGCGAAGUGUUUGUCUAUAAUCUGGGCACCAUGUACUACAUAGACGAUAUACUUUAUUCGCACAUGCUGCGCGAUCACAUCACCAAAUCGACUAAAACGAGAUCGGAUCGAAAUAAUGGUGAAGCUGGUGGAGGAUCACGCAGCACGAUCCGUCCCAGCGAUGUCGAGAUUGUGCCCAAUGAAUUUGAGAGCGAGCACAAUGGCGGCGAUUAUGCCAUACAUGGCGAUGAUGAUGAUUUCGAGGAUGAGAUUAUAACGCCCAAAGCGUUGCCCGUCCAGAUCUAUGAGUUGCCCAAGUAAAAGCACAUCGAAUCAGAUUGAGAUUGAGAACAGAGAAUGACAGAAUUAGUUUUGUGAGGAACGUUUUUUUGGCCGAGCCGUGUGGAGGAAGUUUGAUAAUACAUUAUUGUGUGUGUGUGAGUGUGAGGGAAGACGCGCGCUUAAAGCGUUUUGUAUAGUUCUGAGCUAAUUUUUUUAAAGAUUUUUUAGUUAGUGUUUAGUUUUCUUAAGUUUAGCAUCGAAAUGAGGCGGUGAAACGAAGUAUACUACGAAAACAAGCAGCAACAAGAAAAAAAUAUACAUACAACUCUCUAAUCCUAAACAGAAAACUUAUCAGCAAAUUUUCAAAUGAAGCUUGUAGAAAUAGCGAAAAAUUUAAUAAAAGAAAGACAAGAUAUAAAACACUGAAAAUUUAUGCAAAAUUAAAAAAAGAAAACAAAUACGUAUAUACUUAUAUAUUAUAUAACAUAUAUAUAUGUAGGAAUACUACGAAGUAUAUGCAAUUAGUCGCUCUUCGGAUCUUUGUGCUUCUUUUGAGUCUAACCAUAGAAAGGAAAUGAGUGUGGGAGAAGGGAUCGUGACAGGGAGGGGAAGGGGGAGAGACAUAGGAAGAGCAUAGCGAAAACAUAUCGGCUAUCUACAAAUUUAAAACAUUAUCUGAGAAAUGAAAAAUGUAGCGCAAGAAAAGCAAAACAAAAGAUACAAUUUUUGGAAUUCAUCGUAGCCAAGCGCAAUAGUUGUGAACAAAAAAGUAAUAUCUAUCUAUAUAUAUAUAUAUUAUAAUAUUAUGACAGAUAUUAUAUACAAUACUUUUUUAGUUUCUAAUUAUGAUAUGAUAAUUAUAUGUAUCUGUAUCUGUGUAUAUGAACAACAACAAGAAGGAAAAGCAAUGAAAAUGAAAAUCAUGCAAUUUUAUAAUAGUUUGUUAAAAUACAAAAAUAAAACCAUAAAAGACAAACAA